AUGUCAAAGGUUCAAGAGGUGAAAGUAGAUGAUGAUGAUCCUGUGCAUAGCUUUGAAAUAAAGCGUGGUCCCUUAAGGCCAUUUUUAGUUACAGAACCUUCUGAAAAGCUUCCGGAAAAGCGUACACCCAAAACUACUAAAGAGAAGGUUACUAUUGGUAUUUUGCUGUUGAUAGCUAGUUUUGUGAGACUUUACAGAUUGUCUUAUCCAAAUUCAGUGGUUUUUGAUGAAGUUCAUUUCGGUGGAUUUGCUUCGAAAUAUAUUACAGGUAAAUUCUUCAUGGAUGUGCAUCCGCCGCUGGCUAAAAUGCUAUUUGCUGCUGUCGGUAGCCUGGCGGGUUACAAUGGAGGCUUUGGUUUCAGCAAUAUAGGUGAUGUAUACAAUUCUUCGGUUCCUUACGUUGUAAUGAGAGGUUUUUCUGCGGUUCUGGGUGUUUUUACUGUUCUAUUGAUGUACUUGACUUUAAGGAAUUCCGGAGUUCGUCGAGUUGUGGCUUUCUGUGUUAGUAUUUCAUUUGCUAUUGAAAACUCCUUUGUGACUAUCUCCAGGUAUAUCCUAUUGGAUUCUCCUAUGCUUUUCUUCAUUGCUGCUGCGGUAUAUUCGUUCAAGAGAUAUGAAAUAUACAAGACAGGAUCUAUGAAGUCGUACUACUGUUUGGCUAUGACUGGAUUGGCAUUAGGUUUGGCUGUUUCUUCGAAAUGGGUCGGCUUGUUUACAGUUGCUUGGGUAGGCUUGCUUUGUAUUUGGAGGCUAUGGUUCCAAAUUGGAGAUUUGACAACGCCAGUUUCUAGAAUUGUUAAACAGAGUGUAACACAAGUGCUCUUUUUGUUGGGUAUCCCACUUUGUGUAUACUUAUUCUUUUUCCACAUCCACUUUUCUGCUUUAAACAGCUACUCUGAUGGUGCUGGAUUUUUCUCUUCAGAAUUUAGGACUACACUAAAAGGUAACUCCAUUCCUUCGAAUAUUUUGGCUGAUGUAGGAAUUGGUUCGACAAUUACUAUACGCCAUGUUGGCACCAUGGGUGGUUAUUUGCAUUCACAUGACCAUGCUUUAAAGAGUGGUUCUAAGCAGCAGCAAGUUACAUUGUAUCCCCACUUGGAUCAUAACAAUGAUUGGUAUGUUGAACUGUAUAAUAAGUCGAACACUGUGCCAACGGAAUUUGAAGGUGUAAAGCAUGGAACUAAAAUAAGAUUAAAACACGUGCUAACUGGUCAUAGACUACACUCUCAUGAUCAUAAGCCUCCAGUUUCAGAAUCCUCUGACUGGCAAAAAGAAGUUUCUGGUUACGGUUAUGCAGAAUUCGAAGGUGAUGCAAAUGAUGAUUGGAUAGUUGAAAUUGACCGUGAAGCGUCUGUCCCUGGCGAAGCUCAAGAAUCAGUUAAGGCAAUUGAUACUAAAUUCCGUUUACGUCACGCUAUGACGGGUUGUUUGUUGUUCUCUCAUGAGGUGAAAUUACCAAAAUGGGGAUUCGAGCAGCAAGAGGUUACAUGUGCUACUCAAGGUAAGCCACAUUUGACCUUAUGGUAUGUAGAAAGUAACUCGCAUCCUCUCCUACCAGAAGAUGCAGAGAGAGUGUCUUACAGGAAGCCCACUUUCUUCGAAAAGGUUAAGGAAUCCCACAUAAGAAUGUGGCAUAUCAACAAAAACUUGAAGGAGCCACACGUGUACCAGUCUGACCCUAUUUCGUGGCCAUUCCUACUGAGAGGUAUAUCAUAUUGGGCUAAGGAUAACAGACAAGUUUAUUUCAUUGGUAAUGCUAUAGUUUGGUGGUCCGUAACCGCUUUCAUUGGAGUAUUUGCGUUCAUUUGCUCUGCUGAACUAUUUGCUUGGCAGUUAGGAAAACCUGUUUUACAGGACAAAGAUGUUUUGAACUUCCAUAUACAGACUAUGCAUUAUUUGAUCGGCUAUGUCGUCCACUUUUUGCCAUCCUUUUUAAUGAGUCGACAGUUAUUCCUCCACCAUUACUUGCCAGCAUACUACUUUGGUAUAUUGGCACUUGGCCAUGGGCUAGAUGUUCUGACCAGUUACGUUUUAAGAAACAAAAGGAAUGUUGCUUAUGGGCUUUUGAUUCUGUACUUAACAUGGACUGGGUACUUUUACAGCAGUUACUCUCCUUUGUCGUAUGGUUCGAAAUGGACUAAAGACUUAUGCUCAAAAUCACAAUGGUUCGCUGACUGGGAUUACAGCUGUUCUAACUUCCCAGCUAAGUAUGCAGACUAUAAAGAAAUUGACGAAAGGGCCGCUCGUACUCCUACUCAUGAACUGGUGGGUAAUUCACCAACUGCAGGUUCAAUCAAUGUUGUACCUGGUUACAAUGAGGCUAAAAAGGUCGACGUUGAUAUUGAAAAGAUUAUUGCAGACCCUUCGCCUAAGAAAUUCAUGGAUCAGCACGGAAACCCUUUGUCUCCGGAGGAAGUUAAAAGAUUAGUGAAGGAAGAAGGUGUUGAACUUAAGGCUGUUGCGCACAAUCCACAGUUGUUAUAG